UCGGGAAGUGUUGAGUGUAAACGUGCCACGUAUGUGGCAUGCUAAAGCGGAAUAAAUAUCAUGCGUGGUGCGGAUGAACUUGCAGCACAGGCGCACUGCACGCGGGCACUUCCCAGCGCGACUGAUUACGAAUUUGCCACUUGCACUUGAGAAUCUCCGACGUGCUCAAGAGUGGCCAUAUGACACUGGUAUUUCGCACCGACGGCGAGCCUAUCACGUUCAUUGCAGAAGUUUGCCACUUACGCGACAGCCACAUGUCAAUUUUACACGCGUUUGCUAGUUUCGAGGAAAAUUUACGGCGUCCGCCGUCUACUGACGUGUCGCAUAUGUAUGUGCAGUAUUAGUACCUAAGCUAGCUUUAUCUGUGUUAUUAAAUCAUCCCCAAGUCAGUGGCAAAACUACUCCGGUCAUGUGGUGGUGUUUGCACCUGUGUACUUUGCGUUAUGAGCAGCUUUCAACUACGUUUUGCAGAUGCUACAUUCGGUGUACAACGUUGCAUAGCCUUGCACACUCAAACCGUGCUUCAUUUCCUUGCAAAUGUUUUUUUAUAAAUAUUGUGGCCUUGUUUCUGAGGUAAAAAGAAAAAAAUUCUGGGUGCAGCCCAUAUUGAGGCACAAUAAAGCAUAAACAAUUCAUUUAUUUUUUCAGAUGUAGCAUGUCAAAGACAGCGGCUGAAAAAAAUGCAGUACCAACUGAAAACCUGCCAAGGACGUCAUGUUAUGAUGAGAACAAGGAUGCUCAUAUGAAAGAGCUUUCACUGGCAAGACUUCGCCGACGUGUGUAUCGGUCAGCCAGAAAUGAAUCAAGCAAAGAAACUGUUGCCUCCCCAUUAGAAGCAAAGGUGUUGCCCCAUGCACCUGUCAGCACGACCACCAUGGACGAUCUCCCAUCCCCUGACCGCAACAGCAUGGACCAAAUAAGUGACAAAGGAAAUAUGGACGAUUUCCCAUCCCCUAACAGCAUGGACCAAAGCCUUGCAAACACCAUAAGGGACAAGGACAUAGCAAAUAUGGCAAUUUAUUUUUUCUAUAUAUUUGUGAUGUGGUAGCUGUCUUUACCUAGCCGGCAGCAUGUUUUCUGGAUUAACUUCGUGAAAGGAUUGUGGUGUGUGAUGGGUGCAAAUUAACUGAUGCAAAAAGCCUGGCUUUCCUACUUCCAACAUUGAAUUUAAUACAUUGACGUGCAUUAUUGGAAUGACAAAAAGAAGCUGCAUUUCGCGUCAGAUAUGUCAGACAUUACAACUCUUGCUUUUGUUUUGUGACAGGAAUGUGCUUGCCAACCUGGCCUCCGGACAUUAAUGGCAGAGUACUCAAGAGAAGAAAAAGACGUGGCAAAUUUCCUACUAGAAAUGGCUUCACGGACAAGGCUUUCAGAAAGCAAGGCUGCCCAAGUGACAUCGGGUACUUUUCCACAGAAGUUUGUGAACACGAUAAAUAGUAGCAACGUAAAUACAUUCACAGGCCUGCCAUCAUUCGAUGUUCUGAAUGCUCGUGUGACGUGCUACACAAAAAUUCAUCCACUUUCAGGACGGCACCAGUUAUGUGUAAAAACAAUUGCAUUGACAUUGGUGAAAUUGAAGCAUAUUUCCACUGCAUUCUUGAGUCACCUUUUUAACUGUUCUCUAACUACAUGUAGCAACAUAAUUGCCGAGACUGCUCAGUUGAUGUGUGAAAUUUUAAAAGUAACUGUGGCUGUGCCACCAAAAGAUGAAUUCCAGUGGCACGUUUGCAUAUUCGGCAUUAGGUGAUUCACCUGAAGUCGUGCCAUGGCUGGCGAUAUUGCAAGUAGCCUGUACUGCAUAGAGGCAUUUGUGCGUGUGACCUUGGCUCCAUCAAAGCGUGGCGGCCUUGAGAGUAAGUGCGGUCUUCUGUUUGGAAAUCCAGCAUUUUUUAUGCCACUCAGCCACUUCAUACUUUUCAGACACGGUCGUUGCCAUGUGAUCUACAUGCUGCACUUGUUUGCAUUGGCCAAACCUGCAGACUUCAACUUCAACACACUUUUUGUAAAUUAGCAAUGCACAUUCUUUUGCAACUUGUAUUCUUCAUUGAAGUGCUGAUUUACACUACGCAUUCUGAUGCAAGUUUUCAUCUUAUGGUAUUCCGAGAUAUUUGCAGUUCACUUAUGAUCUGUGUGCAUAGAGUUGUGGUUAUUCUUCAAUGGCUGUUUGUUGUCCCUUUUCUUACUUGUAUUUUUUCACAAAAUAAACCACAUGCACUCAA